AUGGAAAACUGAUUCACAGGAACCCAGAGCAUGGCACCAGAAGUCACUGUCAACAGCACUGAUGGCAUACAUCCAUGUUAUGAAAUAGAUAAGCUUUCUUACAAACUGAUAAGAACCCCUUCCACAAUAUGUGUUUUGUUAUAUAUUUUCCUUGGCUCAAUGUCUGUUGUAACUGUGUGUGGAAACCUCCUUGUUAUAAUCUCCAUCAUUUACUUCAAACAGCUCCACUCUCCUACAAACUCUCUCAUCCUCUCUCUGGCUGUAGCUGACCUGCUUGUUGGUGUUCUCGUCUUUCCUCUCAGUAUGGAAUUCACUGUAAGCGCUUGUCUGUAUUAUGAAGAUUUGUUUUGCAAAGUACGAGACAGCUUUGACGUAACACUGAGCACAGCUUCCAUUUUGCAUUUAUGUAGUAUUUCUAUUGACAGAUAUUAUGCAGUGUGUCAGCCUCUGACAUACAGAACAAAGAUAAAUAUUCAUGUUGUUGUGUUUAUGAUCCUGGUGAGCUGGAGUGUUUCUAUUCUUGUUGCCACUGGGUUUAUAACUGCAGGACUGAACCAAGAAAAAUGUGAAGAAAUGUGUUUUAUUGAGUCUCUUUUUGGAAACAUUUUGGGACCUUUUUUCUCACUUUACCUCCCAGUGAUCAUAAUGCUCUGUAUCUAUGUAAAGAUUUUCCUUGUUGCACAGAAACAGGCUCGCAGCAUCCAGAACACAACCUGUCAGAGCACAAAGUCUGGAGCAGCUGUCAGUAAGAUGGAGAGAAAGGCCACAAAAACUCUGGCUACAGUUAUGGGAGUGUUUUUAAUGUGUUGGUUUCCUUUUUUCUUUUGCUUAUCCUGUUUUCAGCUUUUGAGUCAUGUGUCAGUGCCACUUGCAGUGUUUGAAAGUCUUAACUGGCUCGCACUGUCCAAUUCAAUGCUCAAUCCAUUUAUCUAUGCCUUCUUUUACAGCUGGUUCAGAUCAGCCUUCAGAAUGAUAUUUUCUGGAAAAAUAUUUCAAGGUGAUUUUGCUAACACAAAGCUGUUCUGA